CUCAAAGCAUCCGAGCACCUCCUCUCUUAUCCCUCCCAAGCAUCUCCUCUCUUUCCACAAUGGCUGCUGCUAUCAAGGCAAUUAACGCAAAGAUCCGUUCCAACAAGGUUCUGGACUAUGUCUGCUCAACACAUUUCUGGGGCCCUGCCUCCAACUUUGGUAUCCCCAUUGCCGCUGUGAUGGACACUCAGAAGGACCCUGAGAUCAUCUCUGGACAGAUGACUGGUGCUCUGACCAUCUACUCUGGAACCUUCAUGCGCUACGCUCUCGCCGUCUCGCCCAGAAACUACCUCCUCUUCGCCUGCCAUGCGGUCAACUUCUCCGCCCAGCUCACCCAAGGAUACAGAUAUCUCAACUACUGGAACUGGGGAGGCCGUGAAGCCGCUCUCGCUGCACAGGGCGCUCAGCAAGGCAAGGAAGCUACCGAAGCCGGCGCAUAAACAAUAUGAUCGUUUGGAUCCGCCGUGUGUUACUUGCUUCUUGAAGAUCUUGUUCUUAUAUAUCUUAUUUAUCAUACCGCAGCCUGUAGUAGACGCUAGACAAAAACAGUGGCCAAAUGGAAGAAGAAUGCGAACAGUACAUAGUGACAAAUGCCAUGUAUCCCGGUAAAAGGAGAUAUUUAUGUACCUAUGAGGAUGGAGAGUUAGUCCUAUUAGGUGGUUUUUACAUGUCUAUCUUGGUAAUUGGAGUGUUCCAGUCAAGGCAUUUCGUGCAGCUACUUGCUUUUCAUGUAAAUACUACUAGGCUCGAGA